GGUAGGCGGGGCAGCAAGAUGGCGGCGCGGACGGCGGUUGGCGCUGUGAGGGGGUACCUCUGGCAGGUUUUGAGAAAUCCUUCCAUACCCAGCUCUAGGAGCCGUGGCCUGCUUCUCAGUACCAGUAUGAAGUGGGUCCAGUUUUCAAGCCUACACAUCGAUGUUCCGAAGGAUUUGCCCAAACCUACGAUAACCGUUUCUGAUGAGCCAGAUGUAUUGUACAAACGCCUGUCAAUUGUAGUAAAAGCCCAUGAUAGGGCUGUACUGGAUAGUUACGAGUAUUUUGCCGUGCUUGCUGCUAAGGAACUCGGUCUUUCUAUUAAAGUAUAUGAGCCACCAAGGAAAAUAGAGCGGUUUACACUCCUCAAGUCGGUGCAUAUUUUCAAGAAGCACAGAGUGCAGUAUGAGAUGAGAACACUUUAUAGACGUUUAGAGUUACAACACCUGACUGGAUGCACGGCGAAUGUCUACUUGGAAUACAUUCAGAGAAACUUACCCGAGGGGGUCGCCAUGGAAGUAACCAAGACACAAUUAAAGCAGCUGCCAGAACACAUCAAGGAGCCAAUCUGGGACACAGUAGCCCAGGAGGAAGAAGCAAGCAAGUCCUGAGGCCUCACUCCUGCAGGGAGAGGAGCGCGGAUGCGGCUGUGUUGUGUUCACACGGGG